AUGCGUAAUGUUGCCCCCGAGAUUGCUUAUGGUAGAGCGAGGGAAAUAACUAGGGAGCUCCUUGGGAGAGAACAUAUGGUGGCCAGAGCUAUACUGUACAUUCUGUUCAAGAAAUUGAAGUCGUUGCAUGACGAUGCAGAUUCAUUGUCUCGUUUGUCGAUAAAUCUUCAAAACUGUCACGUUGCUCUGAGUCAGAUGAAUCACACUGGUAACAUGACUUUGGUCUCGACCAUAGAGCGCAUUCUCCGCACGUUAUCGAAUGAUGCUCGUCAAAGCUGGGCAAGGUUGACUGACUCUAUGGACAAGCUCGGAAAGCAGAUAGGUUUCUCUGACCUGUGCAACUUCGUUGUUCAAGAGGCCCGCAUUGCACGCAGCCGCUAUGGUAUGCUUACCAUAGACUCAGAACAACAUCGUCCUCAAACGCGGCAUCAUCGGGUAGGCAACGAAAGGCGCCAUAGUUUAUUUGCCGUUCAGACGUUAACCGAUGACUCGUGCCCCUUUUGCGACAGAAGGCAUGGGCUGGCGCAGUGUCGUGGGUUUACUGACCUGCCAAUGCAAGCAACAUGGCGUGUGGUGAGAAGGAAGCGGUUAUGGCAACAUGGCGGCCAUGCCAGUAACGAGUGCGAUUCUCCUAAGAAGUGUGGUAUAGAGAGGUGCUUGUGGUCUAGCCAUCAUCUGUUGCAUGUAGUGCCAGAUGCCAACAAAACCAAGCUGGUUGGUUUGUGCAACUCCACAUCUCAGACGGAAUCAGGAACCUGCCUUGGCGUUGUACCUACAGUGAGUGGGACCUUCACUGUGGAGGCUGCAUGUCUCAGAAUCGAGUUUGAAUCGGCAGAUUCAGGUAAGACCGUAGCGGCUGAACAAGCCUUUGCAAUACGCUCUCUGCCCAUUAGCCCACCAGUCAUCAGCCCAACGGAGAUAGCUGGUCAAUAUAAUCACUUGAAGGAUACAACCUUUUUUGGAGCUUCCAAAUAA